AGCCGAGGGAGGGAUUUGCGAGCCAGUCACGUCCUACGCUGCAGAGCGGAGCCGCGAGAGGCCGGCCCAGGAGGCGCCACAUCCGGCGGCUGCCCCGUGGUGCAUAAAGCCGACGCCGCUGCUGCCACCACCGCAGUUGGUUUCCAGCGGCAGCUCUGGCCUCUUCUCGGCUGCGGGAGCCGCUUCUCCAAUGCCCCAGAGCGGCCAUGAGCUCCCCGCACUGGUGGGACCAGCUGCGGGCUGGCAGCUCGGAGGUGGACUGGUGCGAGGACAACUACACCAUCGUGCCUGCCAUCGCCGAGUUCUACAACACGAUCAGCAACGUCUUGUUUUUCAUUUUACCACCCAUCUGCAUGUGCUUGUUUCGUCAAUAUGCAACAUGCUUCAACAGUGGCAUCUACUUAAUAUGGACUCUGUUAGUUGUAGUGGGAAUUGGAUCCGUCUACUUCCAUGCAACCCUUAGUUUCCUGGGUCAGAUGCUUGAUGAACUUGCAAUCCUUUGGGUUCUGAUGUGUGCUCUGGCCAUGUGGUUCCCCAGAAGGUAUCUACCAAAGAUCUUUCGGAAUGACAGGGGCAGGUUCAAGGCGGUGGUCUGUGUCCUGUCUGCAGUUACAACGUGCCUGGCGUUUGUCAAGCCUGCCAUCAACAACAUCUCUCUGAUGACCCUGGGGGUUCCUUGCACGGCGCUGCUCGUUGCUGAGCUAAGGAGGUGUGACAACGUGCGUGUUUUUAAGCUGGGCCUCUUCUCGGGCCUCUGGUGGACCCUCGCCCUCUUCUGCUGGAUCAGUGACCGGGCCUUCUGUGAGCUGCUGUCGUCCUUCCACUUUCCCUACCUGCACUGCGUGUGUAUUGUUUUUGGGUUUCUUCCUGGAUCCUGAUGCCCACAUGCCACCUGCCUGGAUGUUAGUUGGAGCCCUGAAUUCUUACCAGGUCUGUAUGGACGUGACUCUUUUAUGAACAGUGGGUUGGUGACUGUCAGAAUCUGGAGGUGGCAUGCAAGCACGCUCAGAUACCUCACUCCAUUUCUCACAGCCUCUGAUUAUGUCCCUGAGUAGAUGUAGGCAGUAAUUCUGUGGAAGGGAAAAAACCACAGGGGGCUCAUUUCUGUGAUGUGGGGAGAGUCUGCCUUUCAGGGCUGCUCUGCAGAUAGGUUAAAGAAGUGGAUUUCUAGAGAAUGCAGUUUCAAAAAGUAAUUACUUAAUGAUUUGAGCUCUUUAGAGAAUUAUAGGCAUGUGCCUUAGACUUCAGAGCAGAAGGUACCCAGUUUCCUAUCUGUUACUUAAUAACAGAGACAUUGCUGCUGUCAAAAAGGCAGCGUUCUGAAAUGUUCCUAUUAAUAUAGCCCAAGGAAGAAUGAUGUUUUAUUCCACGGUACACGGAACAGUGAAGCAUUUAAAGGCUAAUCACUGCCCAGCCACAAUAAUCUGUGCAUUUCUUCAUUCACUUAUUCAUCAUUUAUUUAUUGAGUGCCACACUGUGCCAAGCACCAUGCUGGGUGGAGAUAUCAAGAUAAAUAAAACACACAUACACCUCCCCAUGUAUCAGUUAGCUCUGGCACUGUAACAAACACACCAAAACACAGUGGCUUAAAACAAAAACUACGUAUUUAGUUUACACGGCUCUGGGCCAACCAUUUGGGCCGGGCUCAGCUGGCCAGUUCUUCUCGUCUUCGCUGAAUUUACUCAGGGUCUGUGGCCAGCUGCGGGGUCAGUCAGGGCUGGCUGGUCUGGGGGUUCUCAGCUAGGAUGGCUCGUCUCUUCUCCACAUGCCUCAUCCUCCCGCCGUCUGGCCUGGACUUACUCACGUAGGGUCUAGGCAGAUUACAAGAGAAUGAGGGGAAGCCUGCCGGGUCUCUUGAGGAUUAAGCUUUGAACAGACAUAAUGUCCUUUUAGUUAUUCUGUUGGUCAAAUCAGAACAGAUCGACUUACAAGGCCAGGGAAAGGUGAAUACCUCUUGAUAGUCAUGGCCAAGAGACUUGGCAACAGACUGAGGAAUAAUGAUGGUUAAUUUUUGCAGAGUCUAUCUCACUGCCCUUUAUAGCUCAUAGUCUGUGGUCAGAGGGACAGGAAAUUGUGAUACGUGCUACUAAGAAAUUGUUUCUUUCUCUUCCUCUCUUUCCCUCCAUCUCUAAGUAACAUUUUUACAUUCUACAUCAGGGAAAUCUAGUCACUCCAGUUAAAACACUUCAACGAGUCAAAGGUCUGGCACAGAGCUGCUAUUAUACGUUAAAAAGCAGAAAUGUUACAAGGCAGUUGGAGCGAUCCAUGAACCUCAUGACCACCAAGCUGUUGGUCAUAUCACACACUCGAUUCUAUGAUAGCAUGUCUGCCUUUUAAAUAUAUUAUCAACGUACAAACUGUGCCUGGGUUUUGUUGAAACAAAUUGUAUCGCUGCACACACACAUAUUUCUUCAACUAGACGCAGAAAAUCAUCUUGUUAAAAUGCACGGUGUGAAACCAAUGAAAAUAAAGCCAUAGCCAAAUCCGUAGCCAUAAAAUAGGAUCUUUUCACCGAGGACCGUUUUUUAAAAUUCCAUCAGCGAGUAAACACCUGUGAAAAUAUGCGAGCUCAACGCCAACACCAGAUGCAUCUAAUUAAAUCAAUUUCCAGCUCUUGCUGUCCGAGAACAGCUGUGUGUAAAGCACGUUUCCUCCGCUCCUUCCCACCACUGUGAAAUCACUGAGGGGGGGCAGAGAAAGCCCCAGGUGAGUGGGUCUCAAACUUGUGUGCAUGAGGAUCACCUGGAUAGGGGUGGUGUGGGGCAUAAUUCUUGUUAAAACUGAUGUUUUUUUUACUCUACCCUUUCCCCUCGAUCUUGGUAAUUCUCCCGGGAAAUCUGCACACAGGUGGUCAGGAUCACCCUUUCAGGAUCACUGCCUUUAUCUUAGAGAAGUUUUCCUUCCAGGAACUUUAAAAAAAUGAAUUAGGACCUCAUACUUCGUCUCUCUAUGUCAGGCCGAUAGUACCAAGUCUCUGCCAAUCUAGUUUUCUCACUAAACUUUCUGGAGACCUUGAGAUAUGAACAGCACUAACUCACUAACCAGAGACCAAAAUGCCUUUCAAAAAAUCCAAUUUGCCGCAAAGGGGAGAGAAUGCAGCUGUGACUUGUGGAUGGGCACCAAGGGCUGUUGUUUGAAUUUCCUCUAAAGCUGUAGAUCUGUACAGUCUACGAGUACAAAGGGAAUCUGGGGCCACUUAGUUAAACUCCAUUUUAUGGAUACAGAAACUGAAGUCAAGUGUCUUCUCUAAAAGUCGCAGAGAUGGGGCUAAAACCCAGGUCUUCCCAUUCUCUAAAGUUAGUUUUCUUAAAAAAUGUGGAGUCUGCAGUGCUCUGUCUACUGAGAGUCCUUUGGGUGCAUGUUCUCUUGUGAGGCGGCCAGCAGAGUGGGGGAGAAAGGACACCCCAAGAGUGUUCUUGGUGCCCCUUUCCGACAGAACUGGAGUCAGGUGACCUGGGGCCUCGUGAUUCUCCAGCCCCAGUCCGCGUGUGGGAUGCAGCAGCGUGGAGUGUGUGUGUGUGGGAACUUCACGCUGAGUGUGUGCUGAGGUGCUGUGGUGUGUCGCCUGCCACGGCCCCUAGCCUCCUUCUGUUCUGGGUUCUGAGAGGAAACAAGACAGGCCUCCCUGCGAGAGUUUCACACCGGCUUAGAGGCUGCCCCGUGCUGACUACGCUGCCGCGUUCCCCGUUUUUCCCCCACGGCAGACAUCACUAAUCCAGUAUGACAGUUCUUCCAGCAGAGCCAAAACCUGGUUUCAGCAUCUUCCUCCAGUUAGCUCUGUGGGCAGCCACUUCAGAUCAUCCAGUCAGCGGGAGAGAGGAGACUAGUCUGCAAUCCUGCUUCUCAGUGAUUUUGUCUAGAAGUAAUUCUAAAAUCGACAUCCAGGGAAUAGGGCUGACAAGAACUUGGGGAGGGAGGGAAGGCAGAGUCAGAGCUAUGGAACACUGCGGCUGUGGCUCAGGGCUGGGUUCCCCCCUAGCAGCCCAGGUGUUACAUGCUGACCUCUACAUGGGCAUCCCUUCCCACUGAAUCUCCUCUGGUCCAGUGUGUGUGUGUAACAAAGACCCAAGACAACCAGCUGGACCUGCGGGUUCAGUUUGCAGCCAUAGAACACAGUGAUCCCACUGAUGGGGAUCAAACUGAUGUCCUUGACUUUCCUGGUGUGAUUCUCAACCAAACAAGCUACCUUGUGACCAACAGAGAGAAUAAAGUCUUGUGACUCAAAGUGUAGUCCAAGGACCAACAUGUUGGCCUCCCUGGGAACUUGUUAAACCCACCUCCUAGAGAAAUGGAAAUAGAAAAAUAAACAAAUGGGACCUAAUGAAACGUAAAAGCUUUUGUACAGCAAAGGAAACCAUAAACAAGAUGAAAAGA